AUGAGCUGCUUAGGUGCUGGAGCUGCUGGAGACACUGGAGCUGCUGGAGGUACUGGAGCUGCUGGAGACACUGGAGCUGCUGGAGGUGCUGGAGCUACUGGAGGUGCUGGAGCUGCUGGAGACGCUGGAGCUGCUAGAGGUGCUGGCGCUGCUGGAGACGCUGGUGCUGCUGGAGCUGCUGGAGGUGCUGGAGCUGCUGGAGGUGCUGGAGCGACCGGUGCUGACGCAGCCGCGCCGCCUCGCCUGUUCUUCGCUCCACCGUCUCCGUCGUCUCUACCGCCGCCUGACUCUGUUCUCCGUCAGGUUCUUACUCUCCCGUCGUCCACGGGUCUUCCGUUACCUGCUGGCUCACCACUCCCUGCUCCUUCCCCUUACACUGAGCAGGCUGGUGGUCUUGCUGAGCGUCGUGCGCCUGCGUCGCGUCCUGUCUCGCCCGUUCGGUCUGGUCGUCCCAGUCGUACCGGUCGUUGUGUUUCUUGUACGCGUCAGCCGCCUGUACCUAGCGCGCACCUUGUUGUCCGUCGUCCCUCCUUUGCUCCGCCGUCCGCUCCUCUGCCUUCCCCACCUGCGUCCUCACUGCCUGCGGUUCCCGACCCAGCGUCUGACCGGUUUCGUGCUGAGCACCCUACUGUCACGCGUCUGUUAGCUACUGUUGUCACUGACCCGUCGUUCGAGUCCACUGCUGCGUCUGCCUUGGUUGCUGAGCUUGUUGACUUUGCUGCUGUCUGUCGUCUCGACUACGCCACUAGUCUUGUUGCUGCGUCUGAGUCUGUCUGUCCUCCGUCCGUCGGGGGUGAGUGUGCUCUUGGCACGGACGUCCUUGAGGACAGACAAGAGGAGUUCCAGUGUCUUGCUGCUGCUGUACCCCAUCUCGUGGCCAUGCUGCUUGCCCCUGAGGGAGACCCGGAUGCACUUGACAUCCCGACUCCGCGCUCUUACGCGGAGGCGAUAGAGGGUCCCUACUCCUCUCAGUGGCAGGCAGCCAUGGACGCAGAGAUGGCUUCCUGGAAGUCCACAGGCACCUAUGUUGACGAGGUUCCCCCUCCUGGGGCGAACAUCGUCAGUGGCAUGUGGAUUUACAGGGUGAAGCGGCCACCGGGUUCUCCUCCUGUCUUCAAGGCGCGUUACGUGGCUCGCGGCUUCAGUCAGCGGCAGGGAGUUGACUACUUUCAUACCUUCUCUCCCACCCCGAAGAUGACCACUCUUCGGGUGCUACUGCACAUAGCUGCUCACCGUGACUACGAGCUUCACUCUCUUGACUUCAGCACAGCUUUCCUACAGGGCAGCCUGCACGAGGAGAUCUGGCUGCGCCGCCCACCUGGCUUCACUGGGACGUUUCCUCCUGGCACCCAGUGGAGCCUCCGGCGGCCGGUCUACGGUCUCCGCCAGGCGCCGCGUGAGUGGCACGACACACUGAGGACUACACUUGCGGCUCUUGGGUUUGCUCCUUCUACUGCCGACCCGUCGCUAUUUCUGCGCACUGACACCUCUUUGCCGCCGUUCUACAUCCUCGUGUACGUCGACGACUUGGUCUUUGCUACAGCUGACACUGCUGGACUCGCCCACGUGAAGUCCGAGCUGCAGAAGCGACACACGUGCACAGACCUGGGUGAACUGCGCAGCUACAUUGGCUUGCAGAUCACCCGGGACAGAGCACGACGCACCAUUACACUGUCUCAGUCACACAUGGUGCAGCAGGUCCUUCAGCGUUUCGACUUCACGUACUCCUCGCCUCAGGCCACUCCUCUGUCUACUCGUCACUCGCUCUCAGCUCUGCCUUCGGAUGAGUCCGUAGAGCCGAGUGGCCCGUACCCAGAGCUUGUUGGCUGCCUCAUGUACCUGAUGACAUGCACACGACCUGACCUUGCAUACCCUCUUAGCAUCCUGGCACGCUAUGUUGCUCCUGGGAGACACCGACCAGAGCACAUGGCUGCAGCGAAGAGGGUGUUGCGCUACUUGUGCAGUACGUCAGGCAUGGGGCUAGUGCUUGGAGGGCAGAGUCCAGUGGUCCUCACUGGUCACGCAGACGCUUCUUGGGUUGACGACCUGGCUACUCAGCGGUCGUCACAGGGUUACACUUUCAGCCUUGGUUCCGGCUCUGUUUCGUGGCGGUCUACCCGCUCGUCGUCUGUUCUCAGCUCUAGCUGUGAGGCUGAGAUCUACGCGGGAGCCAUGGCUGCACAGGAGUUACGCUGGCUUACCUACCUGCUGACUGACCUGGGAGAGCCGCCUCGUUCUCCUCCAGUUCUGUACGUAGACAACAAGGCAAUGCUGGCCUUGUGUCGGGAGCACAGACUGGAGCACAGAACGAAGCACAUUGCUCUCCGCUACUUUCUUGCACGUGAGUUGCAGCAGCGUGGUCAGCUGCGCCUUGCUUACGUGGCCACUCGGGCCAACACUGCUGAUAUCUUCACCAAGGCACUUCCGCCUGGUGAUCAUCAGCGCUUCUGUACGAUGCUAGGUCUUGUGCCCACUUGGCCUCACUUGCUCACUUCUUGA